UUGAAGACGAUAACCGGAAGCUGUGUGAGUUUCACAUCUGGCUUUACAUCUGGAGCGCUACGGACUUGUUGCCCUACCUCCUCCUCCUCCCUUCUUUCCACUUCUCUCCCCUCACGUCCCCUCUCCGGCAGCGGCUCCCUCUCCCUCUGGUACCUUUUUCCGGGUUCCCUGAUGGAUUCCUGCAGAUCCUUCGAGCUUCUGCUCUUCCUUCACGUGGCGAUCUGCAGUCCCGGCCCGCUGGUGGAUGUGGUGGUGGACCGCUACCACAUACCCAGGAGCUGCCCCCGAGAGGUGCAGAUAGAGGACUUUGUCCGCUACGAUUUCAACGGGACCUUUUUCGAAGAUGGGAAAAAGUUUGACUCCAGCCACGACAGGGGCAAAGCCUUCAUUAGCCAGGUGGGGCUGGGCAGGCUGAUCACAGGGAUGGACCGGGGCCUGCAGGGCAUGUGCGUGGACGAGCGCCGGAGGAUCACCGUCCCCCCCCACCUGGCGUACGGCAGCAUCGGCACAGGUGCGAGCCCACGCCCGUGCACACCCGUGCACGCCCUGCCGCCGACUCUGGUGGGUCAUUCUAAACCCCUAACGCUGCUGCCCCCCCCCCUCCCCCCAGGUGGAGUGAUCCCCCCGGACGCGGUGCUGGUGUACGACGUCCACCUGCUGGACAUCUGGAACGCCGAGGACCAGGUGCAAACCCGCACCCUGGUCAAGCCCCCCGACGGCUGCCGGCGCGUGAGCGCGGCCUCAGACUUCAUCCGCUGCCACUUCAACGGCACCCUGCUCACCGGGGAGGCCUUUGACUCCAGUUACUGGAGAAACGGCACCUAUGACACCUACCUGGGACAGGGCCACCUGAUCCAAGGCCUGGACCAGGGGCUCCUGGGAAUGUGUGUCGGGGAGAGGCGGACCAUCAUCGUCCCACCUUUCCUGGCAUUUGGAGAGAAAGGCCACGGAACAAAGAUCCCCCCUCAGGCCACCCUCGUCUUCGAGGUGCUCAUGGUUGACAUUUUUAACCCAAAGGACGACCUGAUCGUGGAGGUGAAGGAGGCCCCCGCCGGCUGCAGCCGCCGGACGGUGGCCGGCGACUACAUCCGCUACCACUACAACGGCACCUUCCAGGACGGCGCCGCCUUCGACUCCAGCUACCAGAGGAACAGCACCUACAACACGUACGUGGGCAUGGGCUACGUGAUCCGGGGCAUGGACCGAGCCCUGCUGGGGCUGUGCGUGGGCGAGAAGAGGCGGGUCACGGUCCCCCCUCACCUGGCCUACGGCGAAGCGGGAGUCGGAGAUUUCAUCCCCGGCUCCGCUGUGCUGAUCUUUGACAUCCACGUCAUCGACUUCCACAACCCCAAAGACCCGGUGCAGAUCAAAGUGACCCACAAGCCCCCGCAGUGCGAUAAGACCAGCGAGGCCGACGAUCUUAUCCAGUACCGCUACAACUGCUCCCUGAUGGACGGCACCCUGCUGUACUCCUCGGACCAGCAGGACGCGCCUUCGGUCACAACUCUGGGAGCCAAUAAGGUCAUCCUGGGACUGGAGGAGGGUCUGAAGGGCAUGUGUGUGGGCGAGAGGAGGGAAGUGGUCAUUCCUCCCCACUGGGCGCACGGUGAAGAUGGAGCCGGAGACGUUCCCAAAAGCGCGGUGCUGCUGUUCGAACUGGAGCUGUUGGAGCUGCAGAAAGGCGUGCCCGAAGGCUUCAUGUUUGUGUGGCUCGGAGAGACCCCCGAUCCCCUCUUUCAAGCUAUGGACCUCAACGGGGACAAACAGGUUCCUCUUGAUGAGUUUUCAGACUUCAUCACGCGGCAGGUUAAAGAGGGCAAGGGUCGUCUUCGGCCGGGGUUCGACGCCAGCACCAUCAUCAGGGACAUGUUCGAUAACCAGGACCAGAAUAAGGACGGGAAGAUCGUGGAAGACGAGGUGAAAAUCAGGGUGGAUGAGUCGGCCAGACGAGACGAGUUGUGAGGGGAAGGCCCUGGAGCUGCGGCGGCGGAGGACGAGUUUGUUGAAAAUGUUUCAGAGGGAAAAAUUCUGUGGAGCCUUUAAGACGGUCGGAUUGCUGCUAAGUACUAUUACCCAUAUGCAGACCCUUUAUGGGUCCAUUAGGUUUCAGCUGCAUUGAAUAAAUGUCAUCAGGAUGCUGAAGCCAAAGUAGCCGACUUAAAUGUAUUAAAUGUAUAAAAUGUUAUUUAUAUCAUUCUAACGCGUCGUCUCUUGUGGUCAAAGGACAACAGACUGUUCUCAAAUAAUUCAUCCAUCUUAAAAAAAGCAAACUUCUGCUCGAUAUAAAAUGACUGAAAACUACAAGCUGUCCAAUGUUUUGUGGGACCGUACAAUAACAGAUAAUGGAAACUGAUGUAUUAUGAUGUG